AUGCCGCCCUCAUCGGGAUCCGCUGAUGCCUUCUCUGGAUCAAGGAAAAGAGCAGCCGCGGCUUGCCAUGCUUGUCACGCACGCAAAGUUCGCUGCAGCAUCUCACAAACUGGAAGCCCCUCCUCAAAGGUGAGUCCCGGGCUCGUUCAAUUAACAACUGAUAGGUCACUAACUGACGUUCUCUACCGACCUCGGAAUGGUGCUCGAACACGAAGAGGUCAGAAUUUGGCGAGGGCGCCGAGUGAUGCCGAGUCCAUUCCCCUGGACCGGGCAAGCCACAAUGAGCCAGUCUACCGUCCAUUCACUGAUCACUUCGGUCACCACUCACAAGCCCGAGAACCUGACACGGCAACCCCACAAGCCCAAACAGGGCUGUCACCGGUGUAUGGUGACACUCAAGGCGUUGGGCUUGUUGCCGAUCUCUGCGAGCCCGAACGUCCUGACAAAAGUGGUCAUUUCGUCGCCGCAGCCCUAAGCUCAACGAAUGUCGAUUCCGAUACGCACGAGUACUUGGAAAAAAGAGGGUGCUUUGCUUUGCCGGCUUUCGAUAUCCAGCAAUCGCUCGUGCAGGCGUACUUCCACUACGUCCACCCCUUCUUGCCUGUCAUACAUGUUUCUUCAUUCCUCAAGGCCUUUGAAAGCCCAGGGCAGAAUGGGGUGUCACUCCAUCUUCUCUGGAGCGUGUUUCUGGCAGCUGCAAAUUUUGCCGACGCGACGACUGUGCAAUCAUCUGGUUAUGAAUCGCGAAAGGAUAUGAAACGGGCAAUGUUCUUACGCGCAAAGGCAUUAUACGAUGCGAACUACGAACGGUCCAAGAUUGUCCUGAUCCAAGCGGUGCUACUGAUGGGUUUCUGGUAUUCAGAUACAGAAGACAGGCUUGGGCCAUGGCACUGGAAUGGCAUAGCCAUCAGCCUCUGCCAGACUUGCUGUUUCUUCCGAGAAACGUGGUUGUCCGUUGGCAUGGGACGGCCCAUGCGUAUUAACCCAGUCCACGCCGAUACACCCAAACCAGAUGCAAAAGCCUCCGAGAGCUUGUAUUCUGAGCUAACAGAUUCUCAGCGUCGGCGGUAUAUCCCAGAGGAUCCUCAGAGUUUGUUUCUGUUGUGGGAUGACUUACUCUCCGUCACCAGCAUUUUAUCUAGGAUUCUUUCUGUUCAACACCUCGCCAAGCGGACGCUUUCGACCCACUCGGAGGUGAAUGACCUGGAACGCGAGCUAAGAAAUCAUCACAAGCACCUGGAUUGCCUUAGAGCUAGAGCGACCGAUCCAGUUCUCACUCUCCACAUGUAUCAUUUCGAACUAUUCUUUGAGUCUACACUUCUAACUCUAUUUCGCCCAUUUGUAUUCCAGAGCCUUGGAAAUCAGCGCGCCGUCGCCCAUGACAAAGAAUCACAAGAUUGGUUGUUAAGCAUAGAGAGGAAAGCAACCGCCGCUGCCAUGAAUUCGACCAACACGCUCGGUGACAUGAUCAUGGCAGAUAUGGUCUGUCUCUCUCAAUCAUUAAUCUGCAUCGCUCUCGUACCAACGCUGCAAAUGCAUCUCCUGCAUUCUGUGUCACCGCGAAAGCUGGUCCAUCGCCUAGGCUGCCAUCGGCUGGACAUGUGUAUGAUGGUAAUACAGGAAAUAAAGGUCACAUACUUUGGCGCCGAGAUCUUGUAUCGGUUAUUUACAAGAGCUCGAGAGGUCAUAAGUGUUAGGCGUCGUAUUCAGGAAACUCCCCCGCCUGCCGGUACAGAUGAAAGUGGUGCGGUUAUGCCAGAAAGCCAAGGGAUUCAUGAUACGGAAACUGUCCGGUCAGCAUCGCCGAUGAUCUGGGCCUUCAAUGCUGCCAGUAACUAUGGGCAUGGGACAGGGACAAGCGAUGAAUAUGAAGAUUCAGAUGUCAACGCUAUCCUAAGCCAGUGCAUAUUUCCGGAUUUCGGGACGUUUCAGACGAUAGGUCUAACAGAUAUUACACAACCAUGGAAUUAG